CAUCAAUAAAAGACUAAUAUUUAAAUUAUGAUGACGUAGUACUUAUAAGUGCAUACAUCACUUUAAUAUGUUUUUCCCGUAAGAGACUGUGUCACAUUGCGUUGGAAAUAAUCUGAACAGCUUAUUAGAUAUUGGACUAUAACACGUGGGAGAGCCGCUCGUAAUCUAUAUAUAUGUGAGCUAUUCGAUGAAAGGCGCGGUUAUCAGAGCAGGUGAUGAUGGAAAUGAAAGUUAUACAGGAAGUGAUUAUGCUAAUAGUUUUACGGAUACAAUGGCAGCUACGUUUGGACAAAAGCCUUAUUUAAACAAGUUUUUUACGUUUGUUACGCGAGGAGACUUCUUGCUUCCGGGUUUACAUAUUUUAUCGAUCCCAAGCAUAGUCUUGGCUUUAGUGUUUGUGUUGACCUUGACCUUGAUACUGGAGGUGCUGGACCACUGGCUACACAUCCAACAGGAACGGCGAACGUAUAUGCCUCGAACUAGAAACCCAACCAACACAGACAGUCGUAUUCAGAGGAUGAUACUGUGUCACCGAAUAGCAACGCUGGUGAUUGGUCACGUGGUAAUGGUUAGCGUGAUGACUAUGAACAUUGGGUUUCUGAUAAUGGUAGUGAUCGGUUCCGGAUUCGGACAUUUAUUUUUAAAAACCCUUCGUAAUGCUUCAUCUUCCUAAUUACGCGAACGACCGACGGGAAUAUUUAAUAAACAUGCCGAAGGAGACGAGUGAUGAUAUGAAGCUUAUUCCUGCAAUAAUAGUUGAUGAUAACGAUGGCGAGACUCCGAAUAUAGAUACGAAUGGGAACUGAGUUAUGGUUGAGUGAGUCUAGUCAUUCAGACUGAGGGUAAAAACAAUUUGUAAAAUGCGUUAGAUUUGUUAUUACUUCGAAUAACCACCGCCGUUGGAAAAGUUAUGUUUUUUUCUUCUACGGAUGGUCUGUUUUGUAAGACGCUUUAAAAGUAUUAUUAUAUGUUAUUUGAAUGGAUUAUCUUGGAAAUUAGGAACAAUCAACAAUGGCCAUGGCGGUAAUUUUGAACAACGCUAAGAUCCCUAGACUAUUCGCUAUGGUAAAGGAGAUAAGGUGCUAGAACACUCAUCUGUGUGAAGGAUUGUAAUUGCAUAUUGUCGAAUGAGAAAAAUAUGUGAAAAGGGGUUUUAAUGCAUGUGCUUAAAGUGCCGUACAAGAUUAGCCUGUGCAGUCCGCGCAGGCUAAUCAGUGACACAAAUUUCCUCCUUAACUAGAUUUCUGCUAAGAACGAACUCUGUGCAAAACAAAAAAUAUCAUGAACGCAGAAAUUGUCGUCCCUGAUAAGCCUGUGCGGACUGCACAGGCUUAUCUGGGACUACACUUUACGCAAAUGCAUUAAACCCCCUUUUCACAGAGCGCGGCUAAUAUGUUGAAGGGACUUAUUUUAUUUACACUUGGGAAACGCUGAUACAUUUAUCUUGUACGUGAUCCCUGUUAUAAUUUUUUAAUUUAUUUUAUUGUUAAAAACGCAUUAUGGUCAUUCACUUUAAUAACUAUAAUCGACCACUGCGACGUGUAUUGACAUAUGGAGUUUUUUUAAUGACACGAAUCGUAUGCGUAAAAACACACGUUUUGUUACUGUUUUAUCAGUAAUGUUAAUUGUUACUGUUUAUCAGUAAUGUUAAUUGUUACUGUUUUAUCAGUAAUGUUAAUUGUUACUAUUUAUCAGUAAUGUUGAUUGAAAAUCAGAAAAAUCGACUCAAAUAUGUAUAUUUUAUUUUUACAAAAUUAUCGUAUAUUAUACAACUUUAUUUACAUGUACACAGUUUGAUUUAUACUUACGUUACUUAGUUUGAAUACAUUUUGUUUUGUAUUAUUACAUGUUUAAAUUUGGAAUCAUAAUUAAAUGUCAUCCGCGUUAUGUGUUGUUCGUUUUUCAUCAUAACAUCUUUUGACGCAUUUUUAGUAAAAUGAAAAAGCUAAAACACACACACAACAACGCUUACAACGUACAGAGACUGUUUUCAAAACAAAAGCAAUGAUAGAAAAAAGACUAGUAAGGGCAUUUGUAUAUCUAAAGAACAUGUAUUGGAUUGGUAUUCUUUAUAUGAGUCCCGUUCUGAGAAAACUUGGUUAAAUGCAUGUGCGUAAAGUGUCGUCCCAGAUUAGCCUGUGCAGUCCGCUUUUAUGGUAUUUUUCGUUUCAAUGAAGUC